AAAUGUCACUGUCUCUUACUACUACUUUUUCCAUAUGUUGCAACCUUUGAAAUUAACAAACUGAUGUUGGUGAAAUAAUGGGGCCUAGUAGUGACUCCAGAUAUUUACCUGUUCUAAUGUGUGAAGUUUGAGUGAAGUCAUUUACCAGAGGUCCUGUUACUUACUAAAAAAAUAACAAAAAAACCUUCUCAAAUCCUCUUACUGUUUUGUUCUUUCAGAAGAAUGGGUAGAAUCAUUGUGUUCUUUGAAGGUGUAGGAGCCACUAAGUAAAAUCAGGACUUGCUUUUUAAUGUAAAUGUCUCUGCUGUCCCGUGUAAUCUGCACACAGGGGGGGGCAAAUCUCUUCAAAAGCAUCUGGAGCUUUAGUGAUUUCUUGUGUUCUGAUUUUUCCCCAAAGAUCCAAGCCAAGAAGAAACCUACUCCAGUGAAGUAUGAAGUGGGGGAUCUUGUUUGGGCCAAGUUCAACAGACGCCCAUGGUGGCCAUGCACAAUUUGUCAUGACCCAGUGCUGGACUGUCACUCAAAAAUGAAAGUUUCCAAUCAGAAACCAUACCGAGAGUACUAUGUGGAUGCCUUAGGAGAACCUUCAGAGAAAGCUUGGGUUGCUGGGAAAGCUAUUGUCCUCUUUGAAGGGAGACAUCAGUUUGAAGAGCUGCCUGUUCUCCGGAAAAGAGGGAAGCAAAAGGAAAAAGCCUACAAACAGAAGGUUCCUCAGAGAUUUAGGGCUAAAUGGGAAGUCAGUGUUGGACAGGCAGAAGACAUUCUUCUCGGGGGGCCAGAGGAUCAGAAGUGUAGCCAGAACUCCAGCGAGCCGGCCAGCGAGAAGGACGUGCAGUUGGAAUACUACAGCAACGGCCCUGGAGCAGAAAGGGACACACAACUGAACGGCUGCUUCAAAUCCUUGGCCUUGGACUCCAGACACGUGGCCGGUGAAAAAGGAAAAUUGCACAUCAAGCCACACGUGAAAACAACCUCUGAAAGCAGAAAAAGGACUAGAGUAAAAAAGAGUGAUGCAAGAGGGGAAGCAUCGAGGGAAGAAAUCAAAGACAAAACACCAGAGAGCGUAGUUAGAAACGUGAUUGUUGGAGACCUACCAGAGAAACACGCGUCUCACGAGCUUCGCCGGAUUGCCAGCAGCCUGACAGCAUCCAGCAGCACCAGGGAAAACCAUUUGCUCUCCUCCCUUGGAGAAAGAUGUUUUGAAAAGACACCUUUAAAACCAGACUACGAGGUUCGUAGAAGUGAUGCUCUGAAAAACACCCUCCAAGGGGAUUUGUUUUCCAGCCCAUCUUUUGAGAAAGAGAAGAGCUCCCUGGGCAUUUUGUGCAGUUCCAAGUUACAAAUACACUAUUCUGCAUCUGAUGCUGGUGUUGAGAAAAAACAAACUGAAUCAGAUUCAUCCUCUUCCCUCUCUGAUGGUGGGAACAGUGAUGUAGAUACCAUGGACCAAAGUUCAGAGAGAGCUUCUAGUGCUCUUGAAGUUAGUGAUUCUUCAGAUAAAGUGGAGAAGGACUUUCCUAUGACAUCAAGUGGAAAUAUUAAACUUUCCAUGUAUCUUUCUCAGAAGAGCAGCAGAAGGGCCAGGAAGAAGUCGCACAGAGACCGCAAACCUCUAGGAGGUUCAGCAACCAACACACUUGAUCCUGAAUUUGCAGAUGGGGAGCUUGAAGUAGGUUUCUCUGAUGCUGAGAUGUCAUUGACACCUCUUGAGUGCUCUUCAGAUGUGAGAAAUUACAAUCUUUCCCUAGCAAACAAGCACACUACCCCCCAAAGUGUUUCCAAGGACAGCUCCUGGCCUGCUGUUACAAAUCAAGUAAUCUUGAAAUCGAAAAGCAUGAAAUUACCCCGAAUCAGGAGUAUAAAAUGCAAACAUAAAGAAAAGGUUCCUGGGUUGGAGUCUUCUCUUGCAGAAGAGGAGGGUGGUGUGAAUCGCUGCUCUUCAGAUACCAAAGGUUACUCUGGCCUUCCAAGAGAUUCUCUGCAGAGAAGUGGAAAAGUUGAUGGUCAGAAACUGUUAAACAACAUGCAUGAGAAACCCAGGGAUUCUGCUGAAAUCGAAACGGCCGUGGUGAAGCACGUUCUGUCAGAGCUGAAGGAACUGUCGUAUCGGUCCAUGAAUGAUGAUGGCAGUGACUCUGGCACUCCAAAGGCCACAGUACCUUUGCUUUUCUCUUCUGCCUCUGGUCAUGGUCGUUUGCCUAUUGAACCAGAUUACAAAUUCAGCACCUUGUUAAUGAUGUUGAAGGAUAUGCAUGACAGUAAGACAAAAGAGCAGCAACUGAUGACUGGUCAAAAUAUAGUCCCAUUUCGAAAUACCAGCACAGGUGAUGGUUCUGGAAGCAAUUCUGCAAGUGGUCUCAAGUCUUUGUCUAUUGUAGGUCCCUCAUAUAAAAUAGAAAAAAAUGGAGAUUGCAUCCAGGAAACAGUAACUCCAAACUCCACUAUAAGCAACUCCUCAUUUUCACGCAGUCCUCCAGCCAAGGUGACAGGGAUUGGUACUGGUAAAAGGGAGCCUGCGAGUGCUGCUGUUUCUGGGACAAAUGGCACAAAUUGCAUGUCCAAACGCAACUGUUCAAAAUCUAAGCAGUCAUCAAAGCUUGGAGAUAAAACAGUUUCAAACAGAAAGGACUUAAAACCAGGAGGGCCAAGUAAGUUGCUAAGUCGGUUACCCAGAGAUUCAGGAGAACAUGCAUUCCGUGUGCAAGGUUCAGUUACCAGUCCUCUAGGGAAUGAGGCAGAAGAUACUGAGAGGAAAGAGUGUAUUGAUUUAACAGAGCAUUCAACUGAUGAAGACUCUGCCUGUUUAUCUGAUGACAAUUUAGGUCGUAUUGGAAGGAGACCUGAAGCUGGUAGAAAUAAUGAGAGCUGCAAUUCUGCUGAAAAUGGGGAGAGUCCAGACUUGGAUUCCGAGGCAAAUAGUGAGAGCUCUCUUGGUGAUGAGUCUAAUGAUACAAAUCAUGUAGCACCCAAAAAGCGAUGGCAGCGUUUUAACCAAAGCAGUGCUAGACCUAAUAAGCACAUCAGUAGAUCUAGGGAACAAGGAAACUUGGAGAGUGCCUUUGGCCUGAAUUCUCGUGGCUUUUCACUGAAGGGAAAUGAGUGCUUGGGACGUAGGCAUUCCCCUCAUUCAAAGGUGCUUGAGGGAGACCUGGCAGUUCAGGACUUUAAGAAUCGUUUAGACUUAGUUGAUAAACGUUUGAAUGUAUGUGGUAAGCCAAACACCAGUGUGAUGGACUCAGAAACAGAGCUUGGCAACUUUGCUCCCCAGUCUGAAUUCUCUGCACAAGCACAUUCAGAGAGGAAGCGCCUUAGAAAGCCGAGUAAACGGCUUCUGGAAUAUGCAGAAGAAUAUGAUCACUUGUUUGCACCCAAGAAAAAAUCAAAGAAGGGCCAGGAGCAAUUGCAAAAGGUGAAUUCUGUGGCGAGGUCUGAAUUGGAAGGAGGUGUUCCUGCACAAUGCAGUCCUGACAGAGAUACCCAGCGGGGGCCAAGUUCUUUGGUUUCAACUCCAUCUUCAACCAAAGAGUCCCCUCCCGUCCUUGAAGCAGAGUGUUCCUUCUCAGACCUGGGAUCCCGCUCCACUGAUCCCCCUAAUCAAGUUCCAGGAGGAUCUUCAGAUUUUCCAGAGGUGGUUCUGUCUUCCUCAGAUGUUUCUGAAGUUUCUGCUUCUCCAGAUGCAGAAGAGGGAUUCCUGAAGUCAGGAAACUUCGAAAGCAAGCGUCAAAGGAAGCCCACUAAAAAGCUCUUGGAAUCCAAUGACUUGGACACUGCCUUUAUGCCAAAGAAGGAGGAAUGGACUCCCCAAAAGAAGGCUACUGGCCCUUCAGAGAGUGACAGUUCUGAGCUCUACUCACCAGCCCACUUCCAGGACCUGGGAGAAGCUUCUGAAAAGCUCUUGGAGAAACAGCGGAAGCGGAAGAGACAGCGCCAUACCUCUGCUGCAGUCCAUUCCAAGAAGGAGAAAAACGAGGAGGGGCUGGGGGAGACCCCACACUCUGAGGGGGAGACAUCAGUUCAUGGGACUGCUACAAGCCCCAAAGAGGGUCAUGAGGAGGGGUCAGAGAAUGACCAUGGAGUGCCUUCGUCCAAAAAGAUACAGGGGGAGCGUGGAGGAGGAGCUGCUCUCAAGGAGAAUGUGUGUCAGAUCUGUGAGAAGCCAGGGGAGUUGCUGCUGUGUGAGGCGCAGUGCUGUGGUGCUUUCCACCUGCAGUGCCUUGGGCUCUCCGAGAUGCCAAAGGGCAAAUUCAUCUGCAAUGAGUGUUCCACAGGGGUCCACACCUGCUUUGUGUGCAAGAGCUGCGGGGAGGAUGUGAAGCGGUGCUUGCUGCCCCUCUGUGGGAAGUAUUACCACGAAGCCUGCAUACAGAAAUACCCGCCCACAGUCAUGCAGAACAAGGGCUUCCGCUGCUCCCUGCACAUCUGCAUGACCUGCCAUGCUGCUAACCCAGCAAACAUCUCUGCCUCUAAAGGUCGCCUGAUGCGCUGCGUGCGGUGCCCGGUCGCGUAUCACUCCAACGAUUUCUGCCUCGCCGCCGGCUCCGUGGUCCUGGCCUCCAACAGCAUCAUCUGCCCCAACCACUUCACUGCCCGCAGGGGCUGCCGCAACCACGAGCACGUCAACGUCAGCUGGUGCUUUGUCUGCUCGGAAGGGGGCAGCCUUUUAUGCUGCGAGUCGUGCCCGGCUGCAUUUCACCGUGAGUGUCUAAACAUUGAGAUGCCAGAGGGAAGCUGGUAUUGUAAUGAUUGCAAGGCAGGCAAAAAGCCACACUACAAAGAAGUAGUCUGGGUGAAAGUUGGGCGCUACAGGUGGUGGCCAGCUGAGAUUUGCCAUCCUAGGACAAUUCCUGUCAAUAUCCAGAAAAUGAAACAUGACAUCGGUGAGUUCCCUGUGCUGUUCUUUGGCUCCAAAGACUACCUGUGGACCCACCAGGCUCGUGUGUUCCCUUACAUGGAAGGUGAUGUCAGCAGCAAAGACAAGAUGGGAAAGGGCGUGGAUGGCAUAUACAAAAAAGCUCUUCAGGAAGCUGCUGUGAGAUUUGAAGAGUUGAAGGCACAGAAGGAAUUGAGACAACUUCAGGAAGACAAAAAGAAUGACAAGAAACCUCCUCCCUACAAACACAUCAAGGUGAACCGGCCGGUGGGGAAGGUGCAGAUCUUCACCGCAGACCUGUCCGAGAUCCCGCGCUGCAACUGCAAACCCACGGACGAGAACCCCUGCGGGCUGGACUCCGAGUGCAUCAACCGCAUGCUGCUCUACGAGUGCCACCCCUUGGUGUGUCCCGCCGGGGAGCGCUGCCAGAACCAGUGCUUCUCCAAGCGCCAGUACCCCGAGGUGCAGAUCUUCCGCACGCUGGCACGAGGCUGGGGCUUGCAGGCCAAGACAGACAUCAGGAAGGGUGAAUUUGUUAAUGAGUAUGUUGGGGAGCUAAUUGACGAAGAGGAGUGCCGAGCCCGAAUCCGCUAUGCUCAGGAGCACGACAUUACCAAUUUCUACAUGUUGACACUGGACAAGGACCGAAUCAUUGAUGCUGGGCCAAAGGGCAACUAUGCUCGGUUCAUGAAUCACUGCUGCCAGCCCAACUGUGAGACUCAGAAAUGGUGUGUGAAUGGUGACACUAGGGUCGGGCUCUUCGCACUUGUAAAUAUCAAAGCUGGGACUGAGCUGACUUUCAACUACAAUCUGGAGUGUUUGGGAAAUGGAAAGACCGUUUGUAAAUGUGGUGCCCCAAACUGCAGUGGCUUCCUAGGAGUAAGGCCAAAGAGCCAGCCCAGCCUCAGCGAGGAGAAGUCCAAGAAGCUCAAGAGGCGGCCGCAGAUGAAGCGCAGGUCGCAGGCAGAGGUGAUGAAGGAGCGCGAGGACGAGUGCUUCAGCUGCGGGGACGGAGGGCAGCUGGUCUCUUGUAAGAAGUCAGGCUGCCCCAAGGUGUACCAUGCUGACUGCCUCAACCUGACCAAGAGACCUGCAGGAAAGUGGGAGUGCCCGUGGCAUCAGUGUGAUGUGUGUGGUAAGGAAGCAGCUUCAUUCUGCGAGAUGUGCCCCAGGUCCUUCUGCAAGCAGCACCGGGAAGGAAUGCUCUUCAUCUCCAAGCUGGAUGGACGAUUAUGCUGUACAGAGCAUGAUCCCUGCGGGCCUCACCCUCUAGAGCCAGGAGAAAUUCGUGAGUAUGCGCCUCCCAUAGAAGGCCUGACUAACGGAGAGGACACCCAGCCACCAGAGCAGCUGCCUGCAGACACAGAGGCAGACCCAGACCUGAGUGUUCAGCCCCUGGACAGCCCACCUCAGUCUGUGGCCCUCAGACUGCAGUCACCAGAAAAACCCCCUGCUACCCUAGCUCUGAGACUGCCUUCUUCAGACAAGCCCCCCACCACCCUUGCCCUGAGGUUGCAGCCAUCAAACAAGCCCCCCACCACCGUGGCCCUCAGGCUACCUUCACCAGACAAACCGCCUGCCACCCUGGCUCUGAGACUGCCACCGUCAAAUAAACCCCCUGCCACCUUGUCACUGAGGCUGAAGCCAUCCAACAAACCUUCCACCACCCUCUCGCUCCGGCUUCAGCCUUCGGACAAACCUCCCACCACCCUGUCGCUUCGGCUGCAGCCAUCAGACAAGCCCCAGGCUGCCCUGUCCCUCAGGCUGCAGUCAGAGAAGCAGCCCAUCAUUGUGGCGCUGCGGCCUCAGCAGCCCGACAAACCUCCCAGCAACGCGGUGCUCUGGCCACUGGACGAGUCCUCCAGUGACGCCUCGCAGCCUCAGCUGCCGAGCAAAUCUCCUCCAGGAUCACCACAGUCCCCGCUGGAUGAGUCACUUGUCACUGCUGGUGACCUGCAGCUCCAGCUGUCGGAUGAGACUCCUGAUGCCCCCGAGGUUUUGGAGUUAUCGGACAGCUCCCUCACUGACAGCAGUGCCCAGCAGCCCGAGCUGUUGGAUGAGUUCCCCGUGAAAUGCCUGCAUCCUCCGCUGUCCGACAGACUCCUCACCACGGUGGGGAUGCUGCAGUCCCAGCCGGAGGAUGAGCCCCCUGAGGCUGAUCAGCUCCAGCCACUGGACGACUCCUCUGCCCAGAGUCCGAAGCCACAGGCUGUGGAAGAGGGUUCCAGCUCUGUGGUGACACAGGUCGCAGAGUUGGAGAUGGCUUCCAGUCCUGAGGUGCUGUGGUCUGUUUCCGUUGAAAAAGUCCCAGACUCCCCAGUCUCACAGAUCCUGCCCUCAGAGAAGGCUCCUGGAUCAGCAGUACCACAAUCCCUGCCUCUAGAAAAGGCUUCCCUCUCCGGGGCAGUGCGGGUCCCAGACACAGAGAAGUCUCCCAGCUCUGAGUCACCCCGUCCCCUGCCUCCAGAGAAGGCUGCUGGUUCGGGUAUGCCUCAGACCCUGCCCACAGAGAAGGCUCCCAGCUUGGGGUGGCCCCUGUCUCCAGAGAAGGCCCCUGGCUCCCGAUCACCACACGUCCUGCCCGCGGAGAAGGGUCUCAGCUCAGGGGCCCUUCGGAUCCCGCUCACACAGAAGUCUCUCUCCCCCGGGGUGCUGCGACCCCUUCCUCCAGAGAAGGCUGCUGACUCCGGAGCCCUGCGGGUUCUUCCUUUGGAAAAACCUCUCAGCUCCGGGGUGUCUCGGCCUCUCACAGCCCCGUGGCCUCAGGCUUCAGAUAAGCUGGCUGCUGCCGUGGCUCCUCGGCCUCAAGCCUUGGACAAGCCUCUAGCUGCAUCAGCUCCGAGGCUGCUGCUGUCGGAGAAGGCGCUGCGUCCCGUCGACCAGAACGCUCAGCUGAAGGAGAGAGGAGCCCCAGCCGUGGAGCUGAGUCCCCAGCAGAAAGAGAGGACCAUGUUAGCUGGGGAGCAAAUCUCUUGGUCUGCUGGGAAGGCGGUGACGCACGUCGGACAAGUACCUUGGCCUACGGAGAAACUACAGACGCACGAGCAAAGCCACUGGUCCACCACGAAAGGCCUGACGCCUGCGGAGCAGCCUUCCCGGACAGCAGAGAAACUACCAGAGCCAACCCUGCAGCCCAGCUGGGAAGUGGCCUCAGCCCCCUCGGAGCAGAGCCCGUGGACAUCAGAGAGAUUGUGUACAUUCGAGCAGACCCCUCGGCCAGCCAGGGAAGCGCCAGUGCCCCCGGAGCAGAUGCAGUGGCUUGUCAAGAACAUUCAGACAAUUGAUCAGAUUGCUUGGCUGAGUGGAAAAGCACAGCCUCCACGGGGGCAGGACCCUUUGCCUGAACAAAACACAGCGCUAGCCCGUAACCAGGAUUCUGUCUGUCGUGAGUUGGCUGACUCAGAGCCAAAGUGAGGUUGGUGAAUAUGGGAGGCAGGUUUCAGUCGUUUAAUGUUUAGGGAGGGGGAAUCUUUUGUUUUUUUUAUUCACUUCCCUGAGCCCAGCCCCUAACCCAUGCACAUCCCAUCCAUAUUCUCUUGUGACAUGAGCAAGGACAUUCUCUUAAAUCUGAGUCUGGCCCAGCCAAAGGGAGAGAGCAUCCGUGACCUUUUCCUCUUCCUUUUACAAAUGGUAAAGCUGAAAUAAAGAGUCCACUCUGGGUAAAAAUCUCCAAUUCCAUUGAAAUGGUCACAUUACUGAUCCAGCAUGUUCAAGCUCCAGGUUUGAUUCGUAGGUGGGUUCCCAGGUACAGCCAGGGGCCUUGCUCUUGUUACUGCAUUUAAAGAAAGUGGAUCAGUCAGGCUGCCCUUGCACUGGAGAUGUUUCAGGGAUCACAUGGUGAGCAGUAGGGUGUGUUGUCCUUGCCAGACUCCAGAAACAGGAAAGGGAUUUUAUGUCCCCUGCCCAGGUCUCUGUCCCUGCGGGGCGUUGCUUUACGAGGUUUGUCGGUGUGUUCACUGGGACAUGCUGUGUGUGUGGUUUGCUCAAGGACAGGGAUCGUCUCCAGUGAGAUGGGAGAGGAGCUCCUGCACUCACUCACUCAGUGCAGUUUUCUCCAGCAAUAGGCAGUAUCCAUUCAGGCUCCUUUUUUACAGAGCUGUGACUGGCCAGGCCCAAGAAGCGGGAAAUCUGGAGGAAGUCAGGGAAGAGAGAUCUUGAAAGAAGUCAUCUGGCAGUUUUUUCAUUCUUGUGUCUUAAUCCUUUAGCACAGGACAUGCGGAGUGUUUUCCUCCACUUGACAACAUAGUGACCCAUAAAGCAGCAAUAGCAGAGCAGAGCAGAGUGGGUUCCUGGAGGUGCUGAGCACUGCCCUGCCAGGGGGACAGUGCUCCCUUUCAAAUUUCCAUCCAGUCUCUUGU